UUGUACGCUUCGUUUGCAGUGAAGUGCUGUAUUAUUUUCUUGUAUUUCAGUUUCAAUGUAAAUUAUUAAAAAAUGAGUUUAUAUUCUGUUUCAAAUUUAAUUUCUUAAUUUGGACACGGGUUAAGUCCAUCGCAACCUUUUGCGAUGGACGUACCGGAUGAAGGUGUUUUGGAUGUGGAUUUAUUAGGCGACGAUGGUUCAGAGGAUGAAGGUGAAGCACAGCCCUCUUCAGACUUCUAUCCUGGGCCUGCAUCGACACCAACAUCAUGUGCAUCAUCGCCACGUGGAGAAGAGCCUGCUUCUCCACAUGCAGCAGUGUCACAACCACCAUUUUUCCACCAGCAACCAUACACUCGACCAUUCUUUACUUCAGGCCGAAGAGGACCUGGCAGGCCUCGAAAAGAAGGCCCUAAGCUGACUAGAGAUGGCAAAGUUGUUAGGAGAUAUAGAGGAAAUCCUGGCUCUCUUAGAGGAGCUAAGAGGCACAGAGGUAGUCGAGACGAUACACUUGAUGAUGUUAUAGAUGAGGAUGAUAUUACCAUGCCUGCUCCUGAAGAACCUCCUUACACUCCAGAAAAAUGGCCUGGCAAAGUGUGUGCUCUCUGCAAUCUCAGCGAACGUAGUCAACUUGGACAAGGAGAGAUGAGACAGAUCCUGUGUAACAUUGAAGGGUCUGGCAGCAGUACCCCUGGGGCCGGGUCUGGCGGCGCUACGCCCACCAGUGCUCCUCCCAGCACGCCCGGCACCCCCGGGCCGCCCGCGGCCGCGCCCACCGCCGCUCCCGCGCCACCCCUGCUUCCUGCUCCGUCGCCCUUGUCACAACACCCUCCGACCCUCGGCUCACCACCUCCAGAAUUGCUUGAUGCCAACCAGCAGCAGUUGGCGUUGCCCCUGAGCAGACGUCAAAAGGCUUUUAAUAAGUGCAAAACCCCACUAUUCAAUAUGGAGCACACAGAUGAGUUGUCUAUAAUAGGCCAUCAAGAUGUUCUGGAGUUACCAGCAGUAGUGACAUCAGGAGCUUUCUAUCUUCAUCGCUGCUGCAUCGAGUUCAGUCCACCUUUUCAGGACCAGGCAGCAGUAGCUGGUAAUGUGACAGAUGAAAAGGAAACAUUGGAAGACACAAGAAUUAAAGGGAUUGUUAUUAACGCAUUGUCCAGGAAAUGUGCCUUUUGUUCAAGACAUGGUGCUAGCAUUCCUUGUAAAGGGAGUUGCAACAAAUACUUUCACUUACCAUGUGUACUGGCUUCUGGCGGCUUUAUGGAUUUUCAAAAUAAGUUUUCUUUCUGCAAAGAUCAUUUGUAUCAAGUACCACUUAAUUGCUCGACGGACAUCGAGUGCCGGACAUGUGGCACGGUGGGCGACCUUGCCAACCUCAUGACGUGUGUUGCGUGCGGCGCACACCACCAUGGCACCUGCGUCGGUCUCUCGCAGCUGCCUGGCGUGCGCGCGGGCUGGGCGUGCCGCGUGUGCCGCGCGUGCCAGGUGUGCCGCGCCGACGCGGCCGGCGCCGACUGGCGCGCCGUCACCUGCGAGCAGUGCGACAAGCUCUACCACGCCACCUGCCUGCGGCCCGUCAUGGCCACCGUGCCCAAGUACGGCUGGAAAUGCAAGUGCUGCCGCGUGUGCUCGGACUGCGGCGCGCGGUCGCCGGGCGCGGGCCCGUCGUCGCGCUGGCACGCGCACUACACGGUGUGCGACUCGUGCUACCAGCAGCGCAACAAGGGCUCGUGCUGCCCGCUGUGCCGCCGCGCCUACCGCGCCGCCGCCUACCGCGACAUGAUCCGCUGCACGCUCUGCAAGAGAUAUGUUCAUGGAACAUGUGAUCCUGACGCGGAACCACAACAGUAUAGACAGAGGAAGGAACAGAAUCCGAGCUAUGAAUACAAUUGUCCCUCAUGCAAGAGCCACAUGCAAUUAGCCGGUACUAAAACUGGAUCAUUUGAAGAUGAAAAUACGGCUUCAACAUCACAGGAUUCUUCGUUUGGUGAUGACAAUUCUCAACAGGAGCAAGAUCCACUUGCUAUAGAAUCCAAGCCGGAUGUGGGUCUUGGCAAAGGCAAACCGUAUACCGUGUCGUCGAAAAUUGCUAAGAAAAAAAUCGGCGGUUACAAACUGAAAGGUGGAUUUCCUCCAGCUGGAAAAUUGGGCUUCCAGAAACGUCAACGGUCCGUUUUGGAUUUUGGUCGAAAGAGAGGCUCCAAACCAAAGAUGAGAGGAGUAUUUGGAGUACCAGGUUUAGGUCUGCAGAGACCGCAGGCUCCUGAUAAUAAAGCACCUGAAGAUGAUCCAGGCUUGGAGAAUAAAUUAGUAUUAUGUUCAAGUAAAGACAAGUUUGUGUUGACUCAAGAUUUAUGCGUUAUGUGCGGUGCUGUUGGAACUGACUCGGAAGGUUGUCUUAUUGCGUGCGCGCAGUGUGGACAGACUUACCAUCCCUAUUGCGUUAAUAUAAAGGUGUCACAAGUGAUCGUGACGCUCGGGUGGCGGUGCCUGGACUGCACGGUGUGCGAGGGCUGCGGCAACCGCGGCGACGAGACGCUGCUGCUGCUGUGCGACGACUGCGACACCACGUGGCACACGUACUGCGCGCAGCCGCCGCUGGCCGAGGUGCCGCGCGGCGCCUGGCGCUGCGAGCGCUGCCGCCGCUGCCUCGUCUGCGGCACGCGCCGCACCGCCGCCUGGUGCGACAACUACACCGAGUGUGGUCCUUGUGCGUCACUGGUGAUGUGCUGCGUAUGCUCGGAACCAUAUUCGGAUGGCGAACUCAUAAUUCAAUGCGAGCCUUGCAGCCGUUGGCUUCACGCCUCCUGUGACUCCAUACGCAGCGAGAACGACGCCGAGAUAUGCUGCCGGGCUGGAUACAAGUGCAUCCUGUGCCGCGGGCGCGAGGUGCCGCCGCCGCACGUAGCGCGCGCGCUGGAGCCGGCGCCGGGUGCGGCGGCGGGCGGCGCGGCCGGCGCGGCGCCGCCGGGGACGGCGCAGGCGGCGGGCGCGGCGCGGGGGGCGCGGCACACGGCGCUGUCGCUGGGGCUGGGCGGCGAGUACUACGUGGACGACGUGUGCCUGUCGCAGCGCGGCGCGCACCACAUGAAGCAGCUCGAGGCCGACAUGGGCAUCACGCACACGCGUCGCAAGAGGCGCUUCAAGAACGACAACCCGGAGAAGGACGCCGUGGUACAGAAUGCAGACGUCGAGAUGGGGGACGACUCGAAGCCAGACAGCACCGCAGAAGUCAAAGAGGAACCUGGUGCAUCAGCAAACACGAAUUUAAAAGAAGGCACCCUAUGGAGUGUGGCAAACGACGGUCCGCCCCCCGAAGGGUUCACGGUAUAUACUACCGAGUCGGGCCUGACAGUGCUUCGGCGCAAGAGGCAACGGAACCUAAACAAGCUCGGCAUCGGUGGUUUUGUGGUCCGUCAGAGACAGACCACCGCUAAAGCUCAAAUCGACGAUGACAAAGAAGGGGAUGGACAACCCUCUGGAGAAUCGCCGAGUAAUAAACGCAAGCCGCGUAGAAAGCCUCGCUCCAAGUUGAUGGAACAGUUCCCCUCGUACAUGCAGGAGGCAUUCUUUGGCAAGGAGCUACUAGAGCCCAGCAAACCUGCUGUCAGCUCCACUGGUAAUACAUCCGAGAGUCCCGGUGGAUCAGUUCGUCCAGCCACCCCUGAAGGUUACCGAGAAUUGCGUGACUUCAAACUAGAUCCAGAUAAUUCUGACAUCUCCGAUGGAGAGGAUGUGCUCACUGCGUUGACGACUUACAAUGAUAAUGACCAAUCAUAUUUUAUUAAACUAAAUAUGGAAGAAAUAGAGUUGCUGAAUUCACUAAAGCCCAAGGAAGAGAGAGAGGAGGCAAGUAGCUCGGGCGAGGGUACGGUGAAGGUGAAGACGGAGCUGGAGGAGGGCGGACUCAAGCACACGGAGGACUCCACUGCGCUAAAGAAUGCCAUCCUCGGACCGCCCGCUGACGCCGAUACCGCGCCACCUGCGCCGCCUGCGCCGGUCGCGCCGACUGUGCCGCACCUGCCGCAUGCGCCACCCGAUGCACUUGGUAGCGAGACAGGCGGUUCGUCGCAGUCGACGAUCUCGCCGAAGGACGACUUGUCGCUGCUGGCGGUGAGCCUGGACGCGAUGGUGCGCGACACGCUGCCCGACAUGGACUCCAAUGACGUCGACGAGAUCUUCAAAGGCGUGCUCACCGACGAUUCGCAGGAAUCUCAAGAGUCAUCAGUGUCGUAUGCGAACUCUAUGGCUAGCACGCCGUACUCGCAUCAGCGGACACAACUGCAGAGCCCUAUGGAAUAUGCUUCGCCCUAUCAUACUGAAUAUGGUAGCAGCAGUAACAGCGCGUUGAGCCCGCUGUUUCCCGAGUGCAGCGGCAGCGCUACCAGCACAGCGGUGAGCGCGGCGGCGAGCGCGGCGACGAGCGGCGCGGCCGCCUGGCCCGAGCAGCCGGCCGCGCCGCCGCCCUCCUACAACCAGCGCAGCGCGGACAAGAUGCGCGCUGACGAGAGUUUAGGUUCGGCGGCGACUAUAUCAGCUGUGCUAUACGCCAAUACCAAUCACCCAGAGUGGAAGACAGAGUACCCUAACUGGGUGGACCGUUGCAAGCAGAUACUUAAGAAGUGGCGUGCCCUGCCUUCUGAACAGAAAACGCCAUAUUUGCAACGCGCGAGAGACAACAGAAGCGCUAUCCGCAUGAAGAAAGCACAACAGAGCUCGAGCGGCGCCGCCGGCGAGGACGGCGCGGCCGCCGCGAGCGCAGGGCCCCCGGCGGCCAGCCCGAGCGGCGCGAGCGGCGCCGGGCCGGCGGGCGGCGCGGCGGCGGUGGGCGGCGCGGGCGGCGCGGCGGCGGGCGGCGCGGGCGGCGGGGGCGCGGCGGGCGGCGGGGAACAAGAACGCGCUUGCGGGCAGCAGAGGAGCGCCCGCGAGGCCGAGCAGGAGCGUCAGUGGAAGCACCUGCAACAGCAGCGGCAGCAGCAGACCCAGCAGCAGCAGCAGAUCAUACACGACCAGAGGAUACAAGCAGCGAUGCAGCGGCUGCGAGCGCCGGACGGCAGUUCGCCGCCGAGCGCAGGCGCGGCGGGAGCAGCAGGGGCGGCGGUAGCUGCUGCAGCCGCUGAAGCGCCUCGCAGCGCUUUCCCUGCCCAACGGUUCCCGAUGCAUUACGCGAACGCGAACGAGGAUAUCAAUCGUCAGCUGCGUGAUUUGCUGCAAAGACAUCCGGAUAAAAUAUGGACACCGCAAACUGCAUCCGAGGAUAGUGGAGUUCAAAGUGUUGGCUUAGAGGGUCAGCAGUUCCGUCACCCGCUGCCUGUGGGCUUGCGGCCACGGACGCCGCUCCAGCCUGGUCCUAGGCCUGAUCAUCAAUUGAUUAUGCAACAACGCCUGAUUGCAACUGACAAUAGUCAAAUACAACAGCAGACUAUUGUGCAUACGACGCAACAGAUCGUAGAGCAAAAAACGAAUACUGCGCCACAAGGGAGUGCCCAUGGAAAUGACAAUAAACAGGAAUCCAGUCAAGAACAUGGAACUGAUGAAAUGGAUAUGGGAGAUAUGGAGAAACUCGAACAGGACACGGGGAAUAUUGGCGAGGUGGACAAUAUCCUGACGGGCCUGGGUGGCGAGGACGAUGAGGAGUUGCUGGAAUCGCUGACGGCGGAGAUCGGCGAGCAAUUCAACAUCCUCGAGUACGCCGACCCCGAGCUGGCCGCGCUCAAUGACGCCGAGCACCUGCUAGACGGGCUCGAGCUCGCCGAGGACAACAUGCCCGAGCGACACGCCAAGCGCGAGCCUGAAGACGAGGCAGAACACAAACCGGACGUUAAAAUUGAUACAGAUCUACAUAAAUCAGUGAAGAACAUUGAGAUAACAAAGACAGAGAUGAAAACUGAAAUGCAAGAAGUCAAGGCUGAGAAUCAAGAACUAAAGUCAGACAGUACACAGAUUAGUGCAGUCAGUCAGAUGUUUUGCAGAACAGAUUCUGAUGGAGUGCAGAGGGUCAUUGCACAGAACCAGCAGAUGACUUUACAGACGGCGAUACAGUCGAUAAAGGCGGAGGUGAAGCUGGAGGGCGCGCGGGACGACAAGCCGGAGGCGUGGCGGUCGCCCGUGUUCGCCGCCGGCGCCGCGCCGCGCGCGCCGCUGCCGCUGCAGCAGAGUUUGGGCCAGCGGCCAGUUCAGUUCAGCCAGGGCGGGCAGCAAGUGAUGACCCAACAGGUGGUGCAGCGGCCACAGGUGCAGUUCUCGUCGCAACACAUGCACUUUGGACAGGGUACGGCUGUGAGCUCGGUGGGCCCGAGCGCGGUGAGCGCGGUGAACACGCAGAGCAUCGUGAACGCGAUGACGGCGCAGGUGAACGCCGCGCUGGCCGCCGGCCGCGCCAUCGCGCCCGGCACGCGGCUCGUCGGCGCCGACGGCGCCGUCGGCGUCGUGCGCCACGACCGCUCCGUCACGCUCGCCUCGCUGCCGCACUCGGUGGGCGUGGGUGUGGGUGUGUCGCGGGCGCCACCGCCACCGCCGUACCCGGGCACGUUGCGCGGCGCCGCGCCGCACGCCGCGCUGCCGCCGCACGCGCAGCACCCGCAGCAUCCGCAGCACGCGCAGCAUCCGCAGCACCCUCCCGCGCAGCCGCCGCCGCCCUACCCGCAGGCGUUUGACGCGGCGGACGCGUGGGGCGACUGGCUACACCGCCGCCCGCUGCUGCUGCAGAACGUAAAUCAGGAGCAACCGUUGCUUCUGGAGGAGCUUGUGGAGCAAGAGAAGCGCGAACAGGAGCGCGAGGGCGGCGAGUGGGCGGGCGUGGGCGUGGGCAUGGGCGCGGGCGCGGGCGUGGCGGCGCUGGCGGCCGCGGGCGGCGCGGCCCCCGGCGCCGCGCCGCUGGCCGCGCCGCCGCCCGCCGCGCCCGCCGUGCCGCUCUACGCCGGCGUGCCGCCGCCGCAGCCGCCCGCGCCACCCGACCGCGCCCUCACCGAGGCAGACCACCACGCGCGCCUCGCCUACGAGCAUUGGCUCAAGCAGUUCAACGCGUACGCCGUCGCGCAGCAGUCCUACUACGAGGUCGAAGUGCAGAAACUCCGCAAGAUGCGCAAGUCGCUGAACAGUAAGCAACGGCAGCUGAGAAAAUCGGGUAACGAGCUCCUGCCGACCGACGCGGCUGAGCUGCAGCGGGUGUCGACGGAGCAGCAGGCGCUCCAGAAGCACCUGGACGCCGCCCGCAAGCAGGUCCGCCAGCACGGCAUGCUUAUGCAGGAAUAUGAGACGAAGCAGCGUCAACAAAAUCCUCAACUGGCUCAACAGACAGCUAUAAAUCAACAGCAACAGAUUGGAUCGAAUCAGACUUUAUUCUCGCCUAACCAGACUAUCAGUCAGGCGACUCAGAUGCAGCAGCAAACUAUUAACCGGCCCAUGCAACUGGGGCUCCAGAAUGCCAGUAUUCAGCAACAGCAGACACUGAUUCGUACCCAACAGACAGUACUGGGUGCCGACGGUCAACCGAUGACUCAGCAGAGGAUUGGCCUAGUAACGUCGCCGCUAAACGCCCAAGGGCGAAUACUACAAGGAGGUCGUACUCUAGUGAUAGAACAGACCGGACCGCCUCAGCAGCAGCUAGUGAGGCAGCUGGCUGGAGUGCAGGAGAGACAGCAGCCCGUGGGCGGGAUGGUGCAGUUCGGGCAGCAACAGCUGGGCGGCGCGAGGGCCGGCAUGCAGCCCGGCCAGGCCCGGCCGGCCGGCGCCCGGCCCGCCAUGUCGCCGCUUCACGUCCAGUCGCCUCACUCUCAAUCACCGUUGCAUCCACUCGCUCCCCAGUCGCCGCUGCAUCACAUGACCUCACCGAUGCAGUCGCCGUUACAUUCCCAGCAGUCUCCGCUCCACCACACAUCCCAAUCUCCGUUACACUCUUCGACUCAGUCUCCUCUACAUACGCAGCAGUCUCCGUUGCACUCGCAACAGUCGCCGAUGCACGUGCAGCAGACCACUUUGCCACAGCAAUCGCCAAUGCAUCCGCAACAGUCGCCGAUGCACCCACAACAAUCACCGAUGCAUCCGCAGCAGUCACCGUUGCAUCCACAGCAGAGUCCGAUGCAUCAACAGUCGCCUCUCCAUCAGCAACAGAGUCAGAUCCAGCCGCAACAUUCCCCGAUGCAUCCGCAGCAGAGUCCGAUGCAUUCGCAGCAGUCGCCGCUGCAUUUGCAGCAGUCGCCUAUGCACACGCAACAGUCACCAAUGCAGACGUCGAUGUCGCCGCAACAUUUUCUCCAACAAUUGCAAGCUCAAAGAACUAGUCCUCAAUUACCUACACCUAGUCGUAGCCCUCAGAUUUACCAGCAGUCACAAAUCCAAAGCCCUGUCGCGUCGCAUUCUCCACAACUACAAAAUGCUGACUAUACAACGGGAAGGUUCUCGCGACCCGCGCCGGGUUGUUCACCUUUACCCACUCGAUUUGCUAGGCAACAACAACAUCACCAACAAGGUAUGCGAGUGGGCGUACCGUUCGGUAGCCGUCAACAAACAUCACCUCUAGGCAGCCCGCAACCGUUGCCGUCGCCCGGAAACCCAGCGAACGAGAUGGCUAGGCAGCAGAUGCUGCAGCGGCAGCAGUACAGCCCGAUGGGCGGCGCGCCCGCGUCGCCGUCGCUGAGUCGCUCGCCGCACGUGGCUCGCACGCCCACGCCCUCCGCCUCGCCCGCCGCCUCACCCGCGCCCGCGCACGACGGCGGCGGCGGCGGCGGCGGCGGCGGCGGCGGCGGCGGCCACCUCGCGCACCACGCCGCGCCCAUCCCACCCGGCUACCGCUACUACAAGCCCGGCCUGCGCGGCGGCGCGCCUGUGUGGCCGCCGCGCGACGACGACCGCCGCCGCCCGCCGCACAUCAACAAGGUGUCGAUAUUGAAACGACGCACUCCGCCCCGACCGCGCUUUGCGGGCAAGACGCCAGCUCCCACCGAAGAUCGUUCGGAGGAAAUUACCGAAACUGAUCGUCGCAAGUAUGUCCUGUACGCGUCCGACACCGUCGAGUAUAGUGGAGCAGCCGACUCCGCUCACGGCUCCGACCACGACGAUGACGACGACGACGACGUCGAGGAGCUGGUCGAGCACCUGGACGACGACGACAUUGUUCUCGUGGAGCCCGGCACGAUCUCGCCCGAGGAGCGAAUCGCGACCGAGGAAGACUUUGAGGAACUCAUUGACAGUGGUAAACCAGAGGAUGAAGCCGAAGAGGAAGGGCAGCCGCCUACUUCGACACGAACGGAGACCGCUACCAAGACUGUGGCCGUAAUCAGUUUAUCUACUGGCAAGCAACAGUACAAGAUAGUGAACCCGUCUUCUAGCUCGACGCUGCCGCGACUGCCGGUCCUCAGUGCGACGGUGUUGUCCCCACAUUCCAAUGCCAAGAUACUGAACGAAGUCUCUCAGGCAACCGUCGCUUCUGUAUCUAUAGCGAAUCAGACCAUAUCGGUGCCGGUCUUGAAAAAUCUCACCGUUCCGAUAGCAAGUGUAAAUACGAGCGGCGUCACCAAGACUCAAAUAAAAAAGGUUCCCCUCAAUAUAAGCAAUCCUCCUCUAGCUAUAAAUUUGUCUUCGACUCCAUCGCUUUCGAAGUCGACCAGCUCGGUUAUAAGUGUGAUAUCAUCUAAUGUACCCAAAGUGGCAAAUAUUAAUCCAGUAAUUACUUUAGCUACAUCAAAUACAGUAGCAGGCACAUCUCGAGUACCAGUUUCUAUUUUGACACAACAUCAAGUUAAACAGAAAAUUGUUAAGACUAUUGAGAAACCGAUGGGUUUGUCAUCUCUUUCUAAUACGAAGCUUUCUAGUCUAUCUGUCACGCACGAUGCCACACUUCCCGCGAAGAUAUUCCAAGACGAAGCCGCUUCACCUGAUAGUACAGUCACAUCUGAAAAUAAUUCAGAGAAAGACUUGCCAAGUUCAAUAAGUCUGACUACACAGCAUUUUACAUCUAUCACACCUCAGAGCUCGUCUCAUGAUCAGAGGCCCUCACCUAUAAUUAAGGAAUCAAAUAAGGACAACAUUGAUAUUGAAACUGAGAUCAGUCAGCAGACCGAGUUACCACAUACUUUAUGUAUCACUGAUCGCACACCAUUAUUAUUAGGAAAGGCAGAUAUUAAAAGUCCAGAUCCAGUACCUGAAAAGAUUCCAGAUAAUAUAAUGGAGGGAGACGAUGAAGAUAAACCAGAGGAUAAUAUUCCAAGUAAUUUGUUACUAUCUUAUAAUAAGUCUAUUUCAGAAUCCACAAGUCAGCAGAGUACACAAUCGAUAGAAAAUAAAUCAGAAGAAGGGGUGGUAAAAACUAUUAAGGCAAUUGCUAACCAAACUAAAGAAAUGGUGAUAGACUCAAAUAUGCAAAUCACAUCGGAUAUGGCUCAAGAGUCUGUACAAAUUUCUAUACCAUCACCUACACCAUCACAGGAAAGGUAUUUAAAUGAUAUUACAAUGCAAGAGCAUUCUGAAGCUGUGGAGGGUAAUUCUAAGAAUGUGGAAACAUUUGAAGAUAUGCUUUGCAUGCUGGAAAAUAUAACUGAUGAGCCUAAAACAUAUGGUAUUAAGCAACCAAAUCCAAAAAGUGCAAAUGCAAAUGUUCAAAAUCUUAACACAAAUACACCAACAAAAGUUGAUACGAAAGAUAGUCAAGAGCAGAUAACUUUCCCUAAAAGAGAACCUGACAGACUAAAUUUGCAGUCAGCAACUGUGCCCCAGCUGUCUCCAUUAUCACAACCAUCUGAGUUAACGUCUAAUAUGGCGAAUGUAUCACAACAGUUGCGAACUAUCAUGUCUUCUAUAAACACUAACGCCUCAAAGGUAGAAAAUCAAGCUGGCCCUCCAGUAAUAAGAAAGAAUGAUGCUACUACACCAACUCAAGUUAAUUUUGAGAAUCUGUUACCGUCAUCAAAAGUAGAAGUGGCAGCAUCGAGACCGUCGCCAGUGCAAAGAAUUGAGAAACCUGCCACAUCUCUGACGAGUUCAGAUAACAAUAUUCCAUUGAGUGUCGCCCAAAUGAUCGGGUCUCGUAUUAAUACAUUGUCAAACUUAGGUCAAAUGAGGAAAUCACCGACAGUGUCUCCUAUUAACUCGCCAGUUAGCAUGCAAAACCCUCUAAUGAAAUCGCCUGCUCAGUCGCCUUUAAUAACAAACCAAACUUUUGUCUCUACUGAAGACUCCAAUCCAACUUCUGUUGCUUCACAGAUAAUACAAAUGCCAGCUUUAUCGAAAAUUCAUAGCAGUACUCCCGCGUCUAUAAUACAUCAGAAUAUUACAAGUAUUACGACAAGUGUCAAUACUUUUCCUAAAAACCAAUCUUUGCCUACUAGUAUAUUGGGCCACACGUUAUUACAACCGACGAGACAGAUUAAUACGAGUAAUAUAUCAUUUAAUCAACAAAGUAUCAGCUCAAGCCAGCCGCCGGCUCUAGUAAUGACAUCUCGACCCUUAAUAGGUAACAAAGAACCUGCACCUAAUGUCACAGUUAGAACUCAUAGUAUUGUCAGUACUGGAAUGAGUCCUAUGCAAACAAAGCCACCUGCUACUAUUAAUUUUAUGCCAACAUCUAAAUUACAUACUCAAUUGACAUCGCCAUUGAAAAGAUCGAAGUCGACAGAUGAACCAAAGACUGAUCUCAUUGUAGGUCAUAUACAGCCCACAAAGAGACAUAGCGUAGAAUCUGUGGUAGUUAAAUCAGAACCAAUGGAGACAGAUGAACCAAAUACUUCUACUGCAUCUACAGAUGUUACAGGAAAUAAAGUUGUUGCACAGAGUACUGCAAUCCAAAGAAAUGAAGAAUCACAAAAUGUUUUAUUGAAGCAACUGUUACAGACCACGACAACAGCAGCAAAUGUGGUACCGCAACGUACAAUGACAAUUCAUCGCACGGCUCCAGCAUUGGGCACGAUACCAUCAUUAGAAGCACAGUUGGCCAGGCCUUCUAUCCCUCCUCCUACAUUAGCUCUUUCACAAGAAGUCGAAUUACCUAAGAACUCUCCUCGUCAUAUAACAACAGCCAAUUCGCCGUUUACUCCUCGAUCAAUACAAACGUCCGUACCUACUUCCUCUAUAUCGCCUUUGAUACAAACGUCUACGCAGUCAUUGAUGGAUAUCCGUAAACCUCCUAUGAAAAUAAUGACUAAAGAAGAAACUACGCCGUUACCAGAAAGUUCGCCAACUAUGAAAUCGAUGCCAAUGUAUCCAAUGAGCAUAGAAAAUCAACAGCUUCAACAGGCAAUUAAAAAAGAAAUUGCUCCACCACUACAGAGUCCUGUACAUAGGCCUUUUACACCGAUGGAUGUUAAAAAAGAACUAAUCGACGAAAGUUCUCAACAAUCGGCUACAUCAGGUGUUUCUACAGCUUCAGAUCAAGGGAAAAUGGAUCAACCAAUGAAAGAAGAAUUCCCAGAGAGUGUUACUAUGGAUCCUGCUUUGGAGACUAAUGCUCCUGAAACGCCAUCUGAAGCUAAAAAACGGAAAAGACGAGAAUAUCAACAAAAGAAAAGGAAACAAAUGCAAAUGAAUAUGAAAGCUGCAGCAGAAAACAAUUUAAAUGCAGCUAAUGCAAAAAAGAAACCACGUAAGGGUUCUCGAUAUGAGGAAGAUUAUGAUACCUUUAUUGAUAGUUUAAUGACUCAACUACGUCUGUUGCCACCAAUGCAAAUUCAAGAACCCUCAUUAACAACUAAUUUCUCAGUGUGCCCUUUAUUUGGUUCUGGUGACUUGACGAAACUGAAGAAUAAAGAUUACGAUAUUUUAAAAGGAGAUUUGACUGGAGAAUUUGGUAAUGCGAAGAUACCAAAUGUAGCAGAUUACUACAAUACAAAACCAUUUGGCGAUGAAGAACCACUACCAGAGAAACCAGCGACAUCUACUCAGAGAGGCUUUUAUGAUCAAGAGUUCCAGCCUAUUAUGUUUGAUGAUGAUCCAGAAGAUAAAAAGUUGGACUUUAUCUGCAAAGAGCGUGAUACUGAUACACCAGACACCAUCGUCAGUUGCUCUAGUCCCGAAUGUAUGGAUAUCGAACCAGCAAACAGGUUCCCUGGUCUCAAACUCAUUGACGAUGACGAGGAAGAUGAAGACAGCGAUUCUGCGUCAGGUCGAAUAUCACCAAUUAUUCCUAUCAUUGCACCUGUGCCGAUCAGGAUAAAACCAGUAUCACUGUAUCACUUAAAAGACGAGGAUGAAGUGCAAAAGCCUCUUAAGGGUCUUGAUAGCGAUUCUUUAGUUAAAACAAAAAUGGUCGACUCUCCUGGCAGUACAGAAAGUAAUGAAAAUGUUACUGUUACAUUAACGUUAACUUCCGGUGCUGCCGAAGAUAUUCUGGGCGUACUGAAAGAACUUGCUGGUAUAUUGCAUAUACCACCACCUACGUCAUAUCAAAUUAUCGAAAGAACUGCAACACCACCUUCACAUAAACUAGGACUUUACAGAUCAAAAGGUAAAGAUGGUAAAGAAGGUACACCAAUUGAUAUCCAGAGUAUACUUAAUGGGGCAGCUAAAUUUUGUAGACAUUGUGAUGUAGUUAUAUUAGACUCGGUGGUAAGAGCUAAGGCUUCAGAAUUUCCUCUACUUUCUGCCAAUAAAGGUAACGCGGGAGAAAUUCUGUGUGACAGUGAUUCAGAACUAUUCUUUUGUAGCACUCAGUGUUAUGAGAGGUUUGCUUGGAGACCGACUAAUAUCAUUCUUGACGGAAAGUCGAAGGCCACUAUUAAAGAAGAUAAUAAAUCUGACAUCGAAACUAAUUUAUCGAAAGAUCGUGAUGACUUCGAUACUGCUUCUACUGAGAGCAUGGAGACGGAUGAUCUUGAUAUCAAACCAGAUAUAAAGGAUGAGAAAAUGGACUUGUCAUUUAUUGAUUCAUUGGACAACGAUGAAUUAAUGAAAGAAGUUGGUGAUGACGUAUCCGCUCUAGAUGAAGAUUUGAAAAGUGUAGAACCGGACGAGAAAAGUAACCAAGGCAUCGAAAGAGAAAAGUACAGAGGAGUGAGAUACAAGGCGUGGUCACCAGGUUGUAUCGGUCCACCGGCAAAGUACAAACGGCCCACAGACAGAGAGCUGACCGAAUUAGUAUUCCGAACUGGAGUAGCUAUAAUGCCUGUAACAAAUGAGGACACGCGACGGUGUGAAUUAUGUGGCAUUCAAGGAGACGGUGUCGCUGAUGGAGUCUCGAGACUGUUGAAUUGUGAUGUGGACAGAUGGGUUCAUCUUAAUUGCGCACUUUGGUCUAAUGACGUUUACGAAACAGUAAGCGGUGCGUUGAUGAACGUUGAGACCGCUCUCGCCAACGGGUCAAGCGCGACGUGCGUCGUUUGCAAGAGGCUAGGGGCUACCGUCCGGUGCUUCAAGGUGCGAUGCAGCAGUAUUUACCAUCUCGGAUGCGCGGUGAAGGAUAACUGCGUUUUUUACAAGAACAAAACUUCUUUCUGUGCAUCGCAUGCUCCUAAGAACGAGAAAGAUAACGAGCUGACGACGCUGAGCGUGCAACGUCGCGUGUACGUGUCGCGCGACGAGCAGCGGCAGGUGGCGUCCGUGAUGCUGCACUCUGACACCAACCACCUGAUCCGCGUGGGAGGGCUCAUCUUCCUCAGCCCAGGACACCUGUUGCCGCACCAGUUAGCUGCAUUCCACACGCCUAAUUAUAUAUACCCUAUUGGGUAUAAAAUUGUGCGGUUCUACUGGUCGAGCUCGCGCGCCAACAGCCGCUGCCGGUACGUGUGCUGGAUCUCGGAGGAGGCGGGGCGGCCGCGCUUCCACGUGCGCGCGCAGGACGAGCCGCGCGCCGACGCCGCCGCCGCCACGCCGCGCGCCGCCUGGGCGCAGAUUUUAGACGCGGUCGCAGCACUUCGAGAGGGACGUGGAGAGGACGGUGUUCUCAAGUUAUGGCCAAAUUACGUAACUGGGGAAGAUCUUUUUGGUCUCACGGAACCUGCUGUUGUGAGAGUACUGGAGAGUUUGCCUGGCAUCGAGACGCUGACAGACUACCGGUUCAAGUUCGGGCGGUCGGCGUUGCUCGAGGGCGGGCUCGCAGUGAACCCGUCGGGCUGCGCGCGCUGCGAGGCGCGGCCCGUCAGCGCCUGGCGGCGGCGGCCCGCGCGCUCGCUGCUGCCGUCCACGCCCGCCGCCGCCCACGCCGCCCACGCCGCCCACGCCACCCACGCCACCCACGCCGCCCACGCCGCGCACGCCGGCCACGUGCCCGCGCUGCCCUCGCCCGGGCCCGACCACGCGCCCUCCGGCUCCACCAGCGCCUGCCCCUACACCAAGCAGUUCGUGCACACCAAGAGCAGCCAGUACAAGAAGAUGAAGUCCGAGUGGCGCAAUAAUGUCUACCUCGCCAGGUCCAAAAUACAAGGUUUAGGGUUAUACGCGGCACGUGACAUUGAAAAACAUACCAUGGUUAUCGAGUACAUCGGGGAGAUUAUACGCUCCGAGUUGUCAGAGAUACGUGAAAAGAAAUAUGAAGCUAAGAACCGCGGCAUCUACAUGUUCCGGCUGGACGAGCGGCGCGUGGUGGACGCGACGCUGAGCGGCGGGCUGGCGCGCUACAUCAACCACUCGUGCCAGCCCAACUGCCAGGCCGAGACCGUCGAGGUCGACCGCAACCUGCGCAUCAUCAUCUUCGCCAAGCGCCGUAUCGCGCGCGGCGAGGAGUUGGCUUAUGACUAUAAAUUCGACAUAGAAGACGACGCACACAAGAUAAUGUGUAUGUGUGGCGCACCCAACUGCCGCAAAUGGAUGAACUAAUCCGGCGAACAGGACACGAACCAGUUUUAUGAUUCUACCCAGCCGAGGACUAUCUCUCGUGAACAAAAUACGAUUGUUGCCUGGUCGAAUAUAGUGGAGGAAAGGCUAUGAUACCUAGUUUUAUGUACCAAAGUGAUCUUCAGUAACAUAAGCAAAUUAAUAUUUUAGAUGAACGUAACAUAUUACCACUUCCUUAAGCGACGCGUGAUUUAUCUAUCAAUAAGACAAUAUCAAAGUUUUACUGACGAUUCCCAUAAACUAUUUCUAUUUAGUAAGCGUAAUUUAAUAUAAUAGAUGAAACAUUUUGUAAAUAAUAUUGAAUUAUAUAAAUCAUUGUUGUUAUUCGAUUUUAAUGUUUUAGAUGUGAAUGUUUCUGAAACAACUAUUUAGGUAUUAGUUUAUUUUUUUUAUGUAUUAACGAUGUUCUGGACUAUUUUGUUUACUGUUCAAUGUUUCUGAUUUUGUGUAAAUUAUAAUAAUUGACUAUUCUAAAUUAUUGUUAUCCGAAUUCGUAUUCGAUCGAUAUUAGUGUGACUAUAACAAUCAAAAAUCUCAACACUGAUGAAAUAUUAGGUUAAGUUACCAAAUAGAUGAGUUUGCAUUUAGUAAGCGUAGCACUAGAGAUGUAAACAGUACAUGAUGCCACGUUGUGCCUGAUCCGUUUUGUAUGUGUGUAUUACAAAUAGCGUAGGUUAGAUCUACGGAACACCACAGCGCGCCUUCGGUCGACGAACGUGAAUGUAUGAUAGUGUAUAGGUAGUUAUGACGUACGAUUCCAUACUGGCCACUAAUAUACUGUUCCCUAGCAGAAAGUUUAAAUAUAUAUAUAAUAAAGUUUAGUUCAAUAAUUAGGCUAUAUAUAUUAAACUUGACUGUUUUUAUGUAUCUGAUGUCAUUUUAACAAAUGGAAAAUAUUUGAUAAUAAUAUGAUAUAAAUUUCUUUAAUUUAUCAAUUUACGUUUAUAAUUACUCCUCUCCAAAGGUUGCCUGGAAGAAAUCGCUUUUAGCGAUAAGGUUGCCCAUUGUUUUCUCAUUGUGAGCAUUUCUUGUAAUUGUUUAUAUCUAUAAUAAGUUUACUGUUGUAAUCUUUUGGAGGAAACAAUAAAGAGUAUCUAUCUAUCUGUCAAUCUAUCUGCGUUAAGGAAACUAAGUAUAGUCUAGGAACUCUCCUCUUCCAAAUAUUCUGUCGCUUUCCAAUAGGAACCUACUACACAAUUAUAAUGUACGUUACGGCUCACAAAUUUAAAUUAUUAUUGCAACCUAAUAUACAUAUUUCAAUGAUAACAUAUAUUUUGGGUUUAUAUAUAUAUAUUAGGAUACAAAGUAUGGAAUCGUAAGCGAAUUGUAGGUAGUGUAAUUUAUUAAAUAAAACUAACAAAUAGUCCCAAAUGUGAUAUUACCUCACAUAAAGUCGCGUGAACUUACAUUAUGUAGUGGCCAUUGUAGACCUACGAUUAGUAAGACUUAUUUAUAUGGAAAAUGUAAUGUACCUAAAUGGUUUGGUGCACGCAUAUCGGUAUUGGUGCACGCAGCGGCCGUAUUAGAAGAAUUUACAAAAAAAAAAACUAAGCGUGACAUGUGAAUGUAGGAAAAUUGUAAGCACGGUACACACGGCAGCGACUUGUAUAAAGGGCGGCGACGUCAAAGUUGGUUUAUCAAUUUGCAUCAUUAUUUGUAGCUUUCCAUUUAUCCCUAUUUUAUUAAAAGUUGUGUUUAGAGUAUGCCUGUAAUUUCGUAAAACCGGUAUAAUUACUAGACAUAUAAAUUAGGGUUUAGCUCGACAAUGAAUAAAGCGCUACGCUAAUUAAAAACAAAAAUGCGCGUGCGCUCAUUAUGGUGCUGGAUGACGUGUCUGCCACCGGCGGGCUGCCGCAUUCGCCGCCCCGCGACCUCCUCCGCAAACAGAUGGCGCGUCGAUCGAUUGUGGCUUGACCAGUUAACACUGUAUUUUUGCUUUUCUAUUGAUCUCCCUUUACUGUUGGCUCUAAUGCGUUAUUGUCGUUUUGGACAUGAAUAUUAGCAGUAAUUAAAUCAUUGGCAUUUAUGAUAAUACAAACAAAAUGAAUGAGUCCCGCGGCCAUAGUCGAUGCCGUGUGUACCGUGCGUAGUAUUGAAGAGUUGUGUAAUAUUGAUAGCACAAGGAUUUUUUUUUUAUAUUAACGCAGGUUGCCAUCUACCAAUGUUAUGAAUUCAUGCAAUUUAUUUUUAAGUGUUAAUGUGCAAUAUCAUAUUUUGCUGAGUAAAAUGUAAAUAAACCACAUGCAGAGUUAUUAGGAAUCGUGAUCGAGCGGUGUACGUAUGUUUUAAUGUAUUGUUUAUAACUGAAGUAUAUCAUUGUCUUCAAUCAAUUUAUUUAUUAAAGCAUUCCCAUUGCACUAAUGUUGACUCAAUUAUUUUCACAAAAGAGAAUUUUGAAAUGGUGUUAUUUGUAAAAUUAUUACUUUAGAGAUAUUCUAUACAUUAGUAUUUUUAUUGCAUUAUUUUCCUAUCAUUAAAAUUUUAAUUAGUA